AUGAGCAAACAUCAUGUGUCUAGUUCUAGUGGAACCUUCCCAGCUUGUGUCUUAAAAGGGCUGUUGAUUUCCUUAACGGACCUCCCGUGCACCUGGUUCGAAAGGCUCAGCAUGCUGGUGAUUCUCCUCAACUGUGUGACACUGGGCAUGUUCCACCCCUGUGAAGACAUGGCCUGUGAUUCUCCACGCUGCAGGAUUCUCCAGAGCUUUGAUGACUUCAUCUUUGCCUUCUUUGCUGUGGAGAUGAUAGUCAAGAUGAUUGCACUAGGGAUUUUCGGGAAGAAGUGCUACCUGGGAGAUACUUGGAAUCGCCUGGAUUUUUUCAUUGUCAUAGCUGGCAUGCUGGAAUACUCCCUGGACUUGCAGAAUGUCAGUUUCUCAGCUGUUCGGACUGUCCGAGUACUUCGGCCACUCAGAGCCAUUAACAGAGUUCCCAGUAUGCGCAUCCUUGUCACGCUGCUCUUGGACACACUGCCCAUGCUGGGGAACGUCCUCCUCCUCUGUUUCUUUGUCUUCUUUAUCUUUGGCAUCGUGGGAGUCCAGCUGUGGGCAGGGUUGCUCAGAAACCGCUGCUUCCUACCUGAGAACUUCAGUCUGCCCUACACAGUAGAGAUGGAAAGAUACUAUCAGACAGAGAAUGAGGAUGAAAAUCCCUUCAUCUGCUCCCAGCCUCGGGAGAAUGGAAUGCGCUACUGCCGCAGUAUCCCGACACGGAGGGAAGAAGGCCUGGAGUGCACCCUGGACUUUUACGCCUAUAACGACACCACUAACACCUCCUGCGUCAAUUGGAACCAGUAUUACACCAACUGUUCGGCUGGGGAGCACAACCCCUUCAAAGGAGCCAUCAACUUUGACAACAUCGGAUAUGCAUGGAUCGCAAUAUUUCAGGUCAUCACGCUGGAGGGCUGGGUGGACAUCAUGUACUUCGUCAUGGAUGCUCAUUCCUUCUACAAUUUCAUCUACUUCAUCCUUCUGAUCAUCGUGGGCUCCUUCUUCAUGAUCAACCUGUGCUUAGUGGUCAUCGCCACCCAGUUCUCUGAGACAAAGCAGCGAGAGAGCCAGCUGAUGAAGGAGCAGCGGGUCCGCUACCUAUCCAAUGCCAGCACGCUGGCCAGUUUUUCGGAGCCGGGUAGCUGCUAUGAUGAACUUCUCAAAUAUCUGGUUUACAUUGCCCGUAAGGCCAGCAAACAGGUGGUCAAAGGCUAUAGAGAGGCAGGGUUCAAACUGGGUCUCCUCUCCAGCCCGAGGAAUAAGAGUGGGGCCGAGAGGCAGCCGUGCAAACAUCGGCAGAGGAAAAGGUCAUCAGUGCACCAUCUGAUUCACCAUCACCACCACCACCACCACCACUACCACCUGGGAAAUGGGAACUUGCGGGCACCACGCGCCAGCCCUGAAAUCAGCGAUGUGGAAACCAGCUCACUCCACAAUGGCACCAACAGGCUCAUGCUCCCUCCCGCAACAUCUAAUCCCCAUUCUGCCCCCAAUGCUGCUGCAGAGUCCGUGCACAGCAUCUAUCAUGCAGAUUGCCACUUUGAGCCUGUCCGUUGCAGGUCAUCCCUCCUUCAGCCUGGCUUGAGUUUACCAAGCCCAGAGGUGCUCCCCAAGAAUGUGGUUGGCAACAAGGUCUAUCCCACCGUACACCCAAGCACCUCCCAUGAGAUGCUGAAAGAGAAAAAUGUAGCAGAUUCUACAGUGAACCCUGGGGCCAGCACGCUAACCAACCUUAAUAUCCCUCCUGGGCCGUACAGCACCAUGCACAAGCUCCUGGAGACCCAGAGUACUGGUGCCUGUCAAAGUUCUUGCAAAAUUUCCAGCCAGUGUGUGAAACUGGACAGUGGUUCCUGCAACCCAGACAGCUGCCCCUACUGCAUCAAGACUCUGGCUCGUGACCUGGAGCUCACGGACAAUGAGACGGCGGACUCGGACAGCGAGGGGGUGUAUGAAUUCACUCAAGACGUCCACUACAGCGACCAGAGGGACCCUCAGCGAGGGAAAACCAAGGGAAGGAAAACCAGCCAAAUCCUAGCUUUCUGGAAAGUGGUGUGCGAGACAUUCCGGAAGAUCGUGGACAGCAAGUACUUUGGCCGGGGGAUCAUGAUUGCCAUUCUGAUCAACACCCUCAGCAUGGGGAUCGAGUACCACGAGCAGCCUGAGGAACUCACCAAUGCCCUGGAGAUCAGCAAUAUUGUCUUCACAAGCCUCUUUGCCCUGGAGAUGCUGCUGAAAGUCCUCGUGUAUGGUCCAUUUGGCUACAUCAAAAAUCCAUACAACAUUUUUGAUGGGAUCAUUGUAGUGAUCAGCGUCUGGGAGAUAGUGGGACAGCAAGGUGGGGGCCUGUCAGUUCUGCGGACGUUCCGUCUGAUGCGAGUCCUGAAGCUGGUCCGCUUCAUGCCUGCCCUCCAGCGCCAGCUAGUGGUCCUUAUGAAGACCAUGGACAAUGUGGCCACCUUCUGCAUGUUACUGAUGCUUUUCAUCUUCAUCUUUAGUAUCCUGGGGAUGCAUCUCUUUGGCUGUAAGUUUGCUUCAGAGCGAGAUGGAGACACCCUGCCAGACAGGAAGAACUUUGACUCCUUGCUGUGGGCCAUUGUCACUGUUUUCCAGAUCCUGACUCAAGAAGACUGGAACAAGGUCCUCUACAACGGCAUGGCAUCUACCUCUUCCUGGGCUGCUCUCUACUUCAUCGCCCUCAUGACGUUUGGGAAUUACGUUCUCUUCAAUCUAUUGGUGGCCAUCCUGGUGGAAGGUUUCCAGACUGAGGAAAUCACCAAGCGAGAAGACGCGAGUGGGCAGUUAAGCUGUAUUCAGCUGCCUGUCGACUCGUCGGUGGGAGAUGCUUCUAAGUCUGAUUCUGAGGGGGAUCUUUUCCCUCAUAGCCUGGAAGAAGAGGGUGGACUUAAGAAAAACUUGUCAAACCCAGCCUUGAUGGUACUGAGCGACCUCCCGGAGCUGAAGAAGAGCCUGACCCCACCCCUUAUCAUCCACACAGCUGCCACCCCAAUGCCAAUGCCAAAAAGUGCCAUGUUUGGAGAUGCAGCUCAGGGCUAUGAAUCUCGCAGGGCCAGCAGUGUCUCCAUGGAUCCCAAUGCCUAUGAACUCAAAUCACCGUCCAGCAUACAGAGCUCCCCCCAUGGCCCUUGGAGCGCAGCCAGCAGCUGGAAUAGUCGCAGGUCAAGCUGGAACAGCCUGGGGCGGGCUCCCAGCCUGAAACGUCGGAGCCAGAGUGGGGAGCGCAAAUCCCUCUUGUCUGGGAAUGGAAAGGAGAGUUCAGAGGAAGGGGAAAGCUCAGACGAGGAGAGGUCCAGCCGGACUGGGAGCGUUAAUGGCUCUUUACCUCACCGCAUGGCGUCGCUGGAAACUAAAGGCUCGUUCGAUCUCCAAGAUACCUUGCAGGUGCCUUCCCUGUACCGAACCAGCAGCAUGCACAGCAGCCGGACCGCUGCAUCAGAGCAUCAAGACUGCAAUGGGAAAACCUCCCCGGGAGUCUUGUUACAUCAGCUCCAUUUGGACGACGAUGACGGUGAUGAUGAAGGCAACCUGAGCAAAAGUGAGCGUAUGAAGGCUUGGAUAAGGGCACACCUACCUUCCUGGUGCAAAGAAAGGGAUUCCUGGUCUAUCUACAUCUUUGCUCCUCACUCUAAAUUCCGUCUGAUGUGCAAUAAAAUCAUCACUCACAAGAUGUUUGAUCACAUCGUCUUGGUUAUUAUCUUCCUGAACUGCAUUACCAUUGCCAUGGAACGGCCCAAAAUUGAGCCCCACAGUGCUGAACGAAUUUUCCUAACGCUGUCCAACUACAUCUUCACAGUAAUCUUCCUGGCUGAGAUGACAGUUAAGGUGGUGGCGCUUGGCUUGUGCUUUGGGGAGAAGGCCUACCUGAAGAGCAGUUGGAAUGUGCUCGAUGGGGUGCUGGUUCUCAUCUCGGUCAUUGACAUCCUGGUUUCAGUGGUAUCGGACAGCAGCACUAAAAUUCUUGGAAUGCUGAGGGUCUUGAGGCUGCUGCGAACACUCAGGCCAUUAAGGGUCAUUAGUCGAGCACAAGGACUGAAACUGGUGGUGGAAACCCUGAUGUCAUCCCUGAAGCCCAUUGGGAACAUUGUGGUCAUCUGUUGUGCUUUCUUCAUCAUCUUUGGAAUCUUGGGCGUCCAGCUUUUCAAAGGGAAGUUUUUUGUCUGCCAAGGGGAGGAUACCAGGAACAUCACAAACAAAUCAGACUGUGCAGAAGCCAGCUACAAAUGGGUCCGGCACAAGUAUAAUUUUGAUAAUCUCGGCCAGGCCCUGAUGUCUCUCUUCGUUCUGGCCUCCAAAGAUGGGUGGGUGGACAUCAUGUAUGAUGGCCUCGAUGCUGUAGGAGUUGACCAGCAGCCAGUUAUGAACUAUAACCCUUGGAUGCUCCUCUACUUCAUCUCCUUCCUGCUGAUUGUGGCCUUCUUCGUCCUCAAUAUGUUCGUGGGGGUCGUGGUGGAGAAUUUCCACAAGUGUCGGCAGCACCAGGAGGAGGAAGAAGCCAAGAGACGGGAGGAGAAGAGACUUCGCCGGCUGGAGAAAAAGAGAAGGAAUCUAAUGCUGGAUGAUGUAAUAAUGGAGAGCUCAGCCAGUGCAGUGCAAGAAGCACAGUGUAAACCCUACUAUUCCGAUUACUCUCGCUUCCGGCUCCUGAUCCACCAGAUGUGCACAAGCCAUUACCUGGAUUUGUUCAUCACUGGAGUGAUCGGCCUCAAUGUGAUCACCAUGGCCAUGGAGCACUACCAGCAGCCGAAGGUUCUUGAUGAAGCACUGAAGAUUUGCAAUUACAUCUUCACUGUCAUCUUUGUCUUGGAAUCUGUUUUCAAGCUGAUUGCCUUUGGGUUUCGCCGGUUCUUUCAAGACAGAUGGAACCAAUUAGACCUGGCAAUAGUGCUGCUGUCUAUCAUGGGUAUCACUUUGGAAGAGAUUGAGGUGAAUGCAUCAUUGCCCAUUAACCCCACCAUUAUCCGGAUAAUGAGGGUGCUAAGGAUUGCUCGAGUGUUAAAGUUACUGAAGAUGGCUGUAGGGAUGCGAGCCCUGCUGGACACAGUCAUGCAAGCACUGCCUCAGGUGGGGAAUCUCGGUCUUCUCUUCAUGUUGUUGUUUUUCAUAUUUGCAGCUCUUGGAGUGGAGCUAUUUGGCGACCUUGAAUGCGAUGACACUCACCACUGCGAGGGGCUAGGGCGGCACGCCACUUUUAGAAACUUUGGGAUGGCCUUUUUAACUCUCUUCCGGGUCUCAACAGGAGACAAUUGGAAUGGGAUAAUGAAGGACACGUUGCGCGACUGCGACCAGGAGUCCACCUGUUACAACACAGUCAUCUCGCCCAUCUACUUUGUCUCCUUUGUGUUGACGGCCCAGUUCGUCCUGGUGAACGUGGUAAUUGCAGUGCUCAUGAAGCACCUGGAAGAGAGCAACAAGGAAGCCAAAGAGGAAGCGGAGCUGGAAGCGGAGCUGGAGAUGGAAAUGAAGACUAUCACCCCAGGCCCAAUCCCCACUUCGGACCUCUUUGCAUGGACAGGCGGUAAUGGUGGAGAAAGGCCUGAGAGCCCCAGAGGAUGUACCAAUCCUAUGCAAUUCAAGGUGGAUUCUCAGCUCUCAUUAUUUUAUCCUAUGGAAAGACACUUGUUUGAUACCAUAUCACUGCUGAUCCAGGAAUCUCUGGAAGGAGAGUUGAAGCUGAUGGACAACCUGUCAGGCUCUGUGUGCCAUCAUUAUGCCCUUCCAGCUCCUGAAUAUUACAACUCUGAGAAACAGAUCCCUCUAGCUGAGAUGGAGGCUCUGUCUCUGACGUCAGAUAUUCUCUCUGAAAAGUCCUGGUCCUUAGCUCUGACGGAUGACUCUUUUCCUGAUGAUACUAACACACUCUUACUUAAUGCUCUGGAAAGCAAUACUGAUCACCUCUCCAAAGAUGACACUCUGACACUGUCCCCGAGCAAGCACUUGCUGAGUGUGAGAAAGCCUUCUGUAGGUCGCACCCACUCUUUGCCAAAUGACAGCUAUAUGUUCCAGCCUCCAUACUCUGGCUCCUGUGCCAACUCCCAGGCUGAGAGGAACACAUCUCAUCAGAAAUCGCGGUCAGGUUCAACAGCCUCCGUGCAGUCGCAGCCUGCUGACACCAGUUCUCUCCUGCAAAUCCCAAAAGAUCAUUUCCACCACCUAAGACCACAUGGCAAUUUGGACUGGGAAAGUAAAUCCAAGAUCCCCCCAACUGUGCAUUCUCCCUCUGCAGAAAGAUUACUUCGUAGGCAGGUGGCAAUAAGGAAUGACUCCUUGGACAUGUAUUGCUCUGAAAGCAAAGACAAUUUGCAUGCUGAGGUGAAUGAACUCUCUGAUACAAAUGUGGCAGCUGUAUCCACAGAGACCCCAUCAGAAGCAAGCGAAUCGGCCUGCUGGGGCCGAUCAAGUGUUCGCACUCAGCAUUCCCACAAUUGGUAUAAUAUAUCCAAGCACACACCAGCUUCGUGUGCAUGUACAGGCUCAUAUCAAGAGACACUUAGAGACUCUAUGGACCAAGAAGUAUCUGAAAUAAACAGCUCUUUGGAGCCUUUCGCUUCAGGAACUUGUACAGCCUUGAGUGCCUGUUCAGUGGUUCCACCUCUAAGUCCUAAGAGGAACCUAGGCAAUAGCAGCAAUGUUACUUUGAAGGACUUGAAGAAAUACUACAGUGUAGAUACCCAGGGUCUUCUCAGAAAACCACCAUCUUGGUUAGAUGAUCAAAGGAGACAUUCCAUAGAAAUUUGUUCCAUGCAAAACAGCCCUCAGCACCAUUCCACAUCUAGCUCUUCUGGCUUCAUAAGUCAGGUCUUAAGUGAAAUGGAAGGCUUGCAAGGAGCACGGCAGAAGAAAAAACUGAGCCCCCCGUGUAUAUCUAUAGAUCCACCAGAUGGACAAAGUUUGUUACCUAGAGGAUCUCAUGGUAUUUCACCUCCCAGUGCAGACAUUUGCCUGCGAAGGCGUGCUCCAUCUUGUGAUUCCAAGGACUCAAUGGAUAUAGGAGAUUCGCUGCUUCCAGACAGUAUGUCAACAUCUCCUACCCCAAAGACAGACUUGUUGACACUUCCUAGUUUUUCCUUUGAUCAAACAGAAAUGGACCCCUGAAUUAUAUUUCUGUUGGUGCCAAAUAUUUUCUUCUUUUCGUGUAAUAAAAAAAAGUACAAAUUAAAAACUAACAAAAAACCCUCUGUAUUCUCAAAUGGCACUGGGUAAAAAUUUCCAAAGAAAGUUGAAAGAACCAGCUGGUUAAAGAGUGGUUAACCUAUAUCAUGCUUACUUAAGCAUAUGUUCUGCUUAGGUAAAAGCAAUACAUUGUGCAGAAUAUAUAUGUAUAUUAUAUUUUAUUAAAUUAAUUGACUCUAGUAUUGCGGGAUGUAGUACAUUUUGUGACUAAAAUCUUGUUUAAUUUUCUUCUAUUUUAUGUAUCUCAGAAUAUUUCUGAGAUAAGGUUUGGGUUUUAUGGACAUUUUAACAUAAAAAUACAUAUUUAAUCCUUUUUUGUUUUGUUUUGGUUUGGUUUGGUUUUUUUGCAAAGCACAGGGUAGAGCCAAUUAGUGCAUUACAGAGGAAAUAUAUCCCACAGUCAACAAGGAAGGAGAAUAAUUUUGAACUGUAAUGUAACCUCCCCCCUUUAAACUUAAUAACUUUCUGUGGGAGAUAGUCAUUUGAAUAUUUUACAACUGCAAUGGAAUUUUUUUAAUAAUCGAAUAAUUUUCCAAACUCAAGUUAAAUCACCCAUCAGAGUCAAAGCACGUGCACUAGACCGGGAAUGUACAGUAUGUUGACAGAUGCACGAAGAUUUCUAAUGCAAAGAGAAUUUAACUGCAUACUAGCGUGACACAAUAUUGGUUUAUAAAAAGGUAUUAAAUAUAUUGCCACUGAGGACAAUGGUGGUUCUUAAAAACUUGUCAAUGGAUGGAUGCAGUUUUCAAAAGCACCCAAGUGAUUUAGACACCUAAUCCCGUGGGCACUUUUUAAAAUUUUACCCAAUAUCUUUAGAUACGUAGAACCCAGUCCCGAGCUCUCGUGUCAGCAGUUUUACACUAGUCUAAGUCCACUGAGUUCAGUGGAGUUACUCCUACUUGCACCUGUGAGAGAGGAGAAUCAAACCCGUAAGUAAGAUCUGCAGUUAGCUAAACUCCAUAUAGCCCUGAUUCAGGAAAGCGUUUAAACAUGUUCUUAUGACUAUCCCUGUCCAGCAAAGCACUUAAACCUAGAGUUUUCAAAUUAUUUAGGAAUUGUUGCACUGCAACACCUAACUGAUUUAAGAGCCUACAUUUCAUUUUAAAAGUGAUUUAGGCACUUAGGAGCUAACUACUACCAACUGCCCAGGGGAAUUUGGCUCCUAAGUGCCCAAACUGCUUUUAAAAUUAGGUGUCAGCUCCUAAAUCAGUUAGGCAUUGCAAUGCUGUGCAUUUAAAAAUCUGGGCCUGAAGCAUGAGCUUAAUUUUAAGCAUGUAUUUGUCUCAUUUAAGUCAAUAGGAUUUAGGUGCUUAAAGAUAAGCAUAUGCUCACAUGCUUUCCUGAAUAAGAAUGCUUUGCAAAAUCAGAGCCUAGCUGAAGGUCAUUACCAAAAGGAGUAGGGAAACCUGCAGUACAACCACUAUUUAUCUUAAGUAAAACAGGGAAGUUUUUCAGUGCCACAACUGGGAGCUAAUUUGUAAGGCCCUAGUUUCAAUUUACUUCCAAGCUGGAAAGGCUUUAACCAGAAAUUCUUUCCAAUUGUGGUAUGAGAAGAAAUUAAGAUAGAAUUUUUACCAAAUGUUUAUAACAUGUUCUUAAUGUCAGUCAUCUCCAAAAUUCAUGGGCUAAAGUCUGUGCUAACACCCCGUGCAAAUCUCUGUUUGUAAAAUCGAAGUCAGAGAGAGAACGCAGAAUAUAAAGCACUGCAGAAUUUGGCCCAAUAGACCUAAUCCUGCUCUCAGCUACUCCAGUGUGAAUCUGAAGUGAACUUCAUUGAGCCUCAGUAGAGUCGACUUCAGAUUGAGGCUCCUUAAAAGACAAAUCCACACUUAAUUUCAAGCAUCGGGAGUAGUCCCAAUUAAAUUUAUGAGACUACUAACAUGCUUAAAGUCAAGCACAUGCAGAAGUCUUUACAGGACUUUGCAGAUUUAGCCUUACACCAAUGUAAUUAAGAGAAGGAUUUGAGGUACUUUAAUUCAAGAUGACUAGUUCUCUCAUUCAGGAGAUCAAAAUCCUUUGAGCACCACUGAUUUUUUUCAAACUCCUAGGAGACCUUGGUUCCAAGCCCUUUGGUGGGCUCAGAGAUUCUCCCAGUGUUCCUUUUUGUAUAGAGAUUAGUGUCAAAUAAAUAUAGACAAGGAAGAUGCCCUAUAUUUAAUAGAUCUAUAUGAAGAUUUAAGUUACUUUUAUUUUCAUUUGAGGAAGUUUACUUUACUAAACAAUCACCAUAGAUUUUGCAAAUCUUGUACAAAACCCAGGGAUUAUACAGCAGGAAGUAAUCAGUUUAUUUUAAAGAUUAACAUUCUCUACUGUUUCUUCCAAAUAGAUUAUUUCUUGGCUAGAAUGGUGGGCUUUUUUUUUUUUAUCCUGCUCGAGAGUCCUAAUGGGUGCCCUCACAUAAAGCAUUCUCUCUCAUAAUCCGAGUCCGAAUCCAAAACUAAACCCAAUUAAAGCAAUUGUUACAAACAAACCUUUCAUUAGUGCUUCAUCCUGAUCCCAUUUAAGGAAAUAAUAAAAUUACAGUGCAUUAAGCCUGAGAAAUAUUCUUAAUCCCUUUUUUGGUUUUACACUCUUAAUGAGCUUUAAACUUUCCUUUUGAGCAUACCAAACAACCCAGCAAAAUGGUUGGUCCACGAAAAUUACUGUACCCAAAUUUGCUAAAUGACUAGCAAUGUGUUUCUGUGGCUGGAGUGGAGCUGCAUAAUAAGAGGUCUACACAACACAGUACCUUCCUUGUGAUAUAACAUGCAAUAUGUUAGCAUGAAAUCAUGGUGCAAGAAGGUGAGGUAAUGUCAAUCCAUGCUCACAGCUCCAACUGUAACAGGAAGCCUAACAACUGUUUAACUUAAAAACUGUUCCAUUUUCAGUACUCGGGGUUUUGCCUACUGACAAGGGUUGUGUGAAUAACAAUAAAACAAAGUUUACAUCAUACAUUCAUGUUCAAUAAAGACAAAUCAGUAGAAACAUACUGUACGAAGAUGCAUUCAGGAAAAAAAUGCAUGUAAAAGCAUUUGUUUUCUAACUGAUAAGAGUUUUUUUUCUAGCUGCCCUUUUGAAAAACAAAUAUAUGUACUACAGAGUGUGCAAUAAUCUUAAAAUAAUUUUAAAUACCUUUGGGGGGUUUUAUAGAAGUUGACUUUUUUUAAAUAAAAAUCUACAAAAUCCAGAGGAAUUCUGUAGAAUGGUUAUGUUGAUUGAAUUUUUAUAUUUUUGUAGAAAUCUGUAGAGAAAUUGUUAAAAGUGUGCAUAGCAUCUUGGAAAGAGAAGCAGCUAUGUCUAAUAUUUUCUUUUACUAAAUUUGGGGCCAGACCUAGUGUAUUCCAAGAUUUAUAACCUAGUUCCAAAGACCGCAUAAAGGUAAUGGUUAGAAGUGAGUAGCUAAGCUAAAGUUCUAGGAUAUUGCAGUGCUACACUGUUAAAGAACUGUACUGGUAUAAACCAUGUCCACCCUGAGAAAUCAGCCAGCUCUGACGCUAAUACACAGUAACAUGGCGCUCCAGUUCAUUCGAAGCACACCAGCACUUUAAUAUUGUGGAUUUACUGUAAACAGAUGGAAAUAGAAUAUUCUGCCAUUACCAGUCUUAUGUAUGAGAGGAAAAGAGAUGGUGAUCAUGUCUGGAAAAAUGUAAAUUCCAUAGUUGCAGCCGUUGCACAUAACUAUUCAUAGACAGAGUACAGGUUAUUUAAACUGUAGAUAAUUUGGAGGGGGGGACACACACUGUUUUUGGCUUCUAUAGAUUGCACUCGACACAAGGUUUGGUGUAAGGCACAAAGAAAUAAAAAAGAUGUAUUGUUGUAAAUUAGGCUAUGCCCUGGUCCCCCUUUUCUGCCCCCAUGACUAUAAUAAUCCAUGUACACUAUUACA